CGCCCUCUUCGCAUCGCUCUCGCAGCCGCUCCACUUGCUCGGCACCAUGGCAAGCACCUCUGCCGCCUCCGCCGCGGCUUCAGCACCCGCCGACCUCGCCACGCUGCUGCCCUCGCUGCUCGCCUCGCUCCGCAGCGUCAAGCUGCCCUCCUCCUCUGCCUCGCCCGCGUCGGCCGCAUCGUCCGCGCGGCACUCCUUGCUCGCACUCAAGCCCGCCUUGCUGCACGAGUACACGCACGCCUUCCUUCUGCUGCAAGCCCACCGUCUGCGCGGACACUCGCUCACCGACAAGCGUGGCGACGGCCUCGUGCGCAGCCUGCUGCGGCUGCGCCUCUGCCUUGAGAAGGCCCGCCCCAUCGAGGCGCGCGCAAAGAGCGGCAUUGAUCGCCUGCUGCGCGCCGCCGAGGCGGCCGAGAAGAAGGGAGGGCCGGACGCCGCAGAUGACGAUGAGGCAGAGGACACACUCGUCUCGUUCCGCCCCAACCUCGCCGCACUGAGUGCCUCUUCGCGUCUCUCGCGGCCCGUCGAGGCGGAAGACGACGACGAAGCAAACGCCUCUUCAGGCGUCUACCGACCGCCUCGUCUGGCGCCCGUAGCAUAUGAUGGAGAGCGCAAGGCCUCCUCUUCCCGCACUCGCAACAACGCGAGCGCUGGACGCUCACAAGCCCUGCUUGCCGACCUCACGACUGGGCUCUCGGAGAACCCGCACGAGGCCUCGUCGGGCGGCGUCGGCCUGGGCGGAGGCAUUGCGAACCGCUCUGCGCGCGCGGCCGCCCUGGCGCGCGUCGAGGCGUACGAGGAGGCAAACAUGACGCGCCUGGCGACGAGCGCAAAGGACGCCAAGAAGCGGCGGCGCGAAGAGGAGGCGGUGGCGCUGGGCGGCGCACGUGGCGGAGGCGCAGCUGGCCUGGAGGAGGAGUUUGGUGGCCUGCUCAACUCGCAUGUACGCAAGCGCAAGGCCGACGAUGCGUACGAUGGCCUCAGAGGAAGGAGAGAGAACGCGCUGGUACGCGCCAGAACGAAGAGCGAAAAGACGGGAGGCACGUUUGAAGUGCCAGAUGCGCCCGGCACCAAGAGGAGCACGUUUGAUAAGGCCGUCAAGCGUAAUAAGCAGGCUGCACGCGGCAAGCGGUAGAGAAAGAGAGAGAGGUUGGGGGGGGGGGUUUUCCUCGCAAUUGUAUUUCCAUGCCCUCCGCUGCG